GUUGCGAUUUCUCCGCUGAGUCGCUGGCAGGACGGCUGAGUGGCAACGCAGGUGCCCUUUACUUCUGUCAUCCCGGUAAACCAGUUAUAAUAGUAAAAGUUCCGCUUUACUGGGAACCGACAGAGGAGUCACCACGGCUAAGGCACCGAGGGAGAAACUUAAAACUCCGCUCAGCUGCUGCCAAGGCUUUGUGGUGCCAUGAUGAAGAAAGCCGUGGAAGUCAUCCUGUUGUUGUUGCUGUUCUUCACGCCACAUACAAUGGGAAAACGCGUCAGCCCGCCAGGGAAGCCCGCACUGACCAGAUGCCGUUCUCCCGAAAAAGAGACCUUCACUUGCUGGUGGGAGCCAGGCUCUGAUGGGGGACUGCCCACUACCCACGCCCUGUACUAUCGCAAAGAAAGCUCAGAGAGAGUGUACGAGUGUCCCGACUACCACACAGCUGGAGAGAACUCCUGCUUCUUUAACAAGAACGACACGUCCAUCUGGGUCAACUACAACAUCACUGUGGUGGCCACCAACGCACUGGGCAGCAACUUCUCCGACCCCGUGGAUGUAGAUGUAGUGUACAUUGUCAAGCCUAAUCCUCCAGAGAAGCAAACCGUGACUGUAAUGGAGGACAAGGGCUGGCCCUUCCUCCGGGUGUCAUGGGAACCGCCACAAAAAGCUGACACACGGUCAGGUUGGAUCACUCUCAUCUACGAGCUCCGCGUCAAGUUGGAAGAGGAAAAUGAGUGGGAGAUGCACCUUGCAGGCCAUCAGAAGACAUUUAACAUUUUCAGCGUGCGGUCAGGUGGUAAAUACCUUGUUGAGGUGCGCUGUAAGCCCGAUCAUGGAUUUUGGAGUGAAUGGAGUUCCACUUCCUACAUCAAAGUUCCUGACUAUUUCCAUCGAGAGAAAUCAGUGUGGAUCCUCCUUACAAUCUUUUCUGCCUUCAUCUUCCUCAUCCUCACAUGGUUGCUUCAUAUGAACAGCCGCAGUCUAAAGAAUUGUAUUCUGCCGCCAGUCCCUGGUCCUAAAAUCAAAGGAUUUGAUAAGCAGCUUCUCAAGAAUGGCAAGUCUGACGAGAUCUUCAGUGCACUGAUGGUGUCUAAUUUCCCUCCAACCACAUCAUCCAACUAUGAGGACUUGCUGGUGGAGUACUUAGAGGUGUAUGUUCCCGUGGAGCAGGAGCUGAUGCAGGAAGAAAGCAAGGAUCUACAUGGUGGUUCCCUCAAAUGUGAGCGCUCCACAUCUGACAGCGACUCUGGCCGGGGCAGUUGCGAUAGCCACACUCUGCUUAUGGAUAAGUGUGGGGAGGCAAAAAAAGAAGGGAGGCAUACAGAUAGGGAAAGCAGUCGAAGGCUGACAGAGGCACAGAGGCACCAGAAGGGCUGGGAGGAAGAUACGUUGACCUACGCUCAUGGAGACAUGGUUAGCCCUGACAUGUCCAACGGAAGGGUGAAGACCUGGCCCUCUGUGUUUUCUCCACUGCCCCGGUAUAGCUCAAACCCACUGGACAAACAGAGCUCACUUGAGAUGGCAAAACAGCAUUGCCUCUCCCAGCCUGGCCACAGCACCAAGGAGGCUCUCGGACCGAGCAACUGGGACCUCUGCUUGGGCAACAAGCAACCUCAUCUGCUCCAUCCCCAGACACAGGUCGGCUGGCAACUCCAGGCCCACAGCGAAGUCAACAUCUCCAACAUUGGCCGCAAACAGGCACCUGCUGGUCUGCAGUCGCCCGCUCUCCGAUCCACCGAGUACGUUGAAGUCCAGAGGGUUAACAAAGAGGAUUUGGUACUUCUCCAGCCUGUUGUGUCAGGCUGUGGCCGCAUUGAAGGUUACCCCCAGAAGCCCAAGGAGAAGGACUACAGCAAGGUGAAGGGGGUGGACAGUGACAAUAUGCUGUUGCUCCAGAGAGAGGUGAUGGAAGAAGACUGGUGCCCUGGUGUGAACCAGGAGAUUAAUGGAGUGACAGGGAACUGCUACACAUCGUCCACAGUUAGCCCUACUCAUAAGCCUACAGCCUGCAUUCACACUGCCAUACCGGUUCAGGCCGACAUGGCCCUGGCGAUGAAUGGUUAUGUUGACACUGCCACCAUGUGCACCAUGCCCACCUGCUAACUGCCACACAAGCUCAACUGGCAGGUCUGGGACAUUGCAAGACCUGUUUUAGGUCGGGACUGAACACUAACAGAAAACACUAACACUGGAGGAUUAAGACAAUAUUUUGCUGUUAACUCUGUUUAUUUUCCAUUUUUUCCUCAUGUAAGAGAUGUCUUUUCUCUAAUUAUGCUGCAGUGUCACAUUUUGAAGAAGAAAAAUUUGAUUGAAUAAUAAUCUUCAUUCAACUUCAAAAGGAAUAUGAUUGAUUGUAUAAAAUAUGUUACUAAAUGCUGCCAUUAUGAUUAAUUAUGUCUUUAUUUGUCAUAAAUAUUUUUCUCCUCCACAGGCAUGUUUCAUGAACUUUUUUAAUGUCAUUUAUCAAAUAUAUUGAUCUAUUCUGGUGUAAUGUGGGUAUCUGUUAAAAUGAUUUGUGUAAAAUCCCAGUUGCAGAAAGCUUACACUUGCAAUGUUUUUGUUUUGUUUCAAUUUUGUAUGUGCUUAUUUUCUCUGCUUCCUGUAGAAGACUACAUCUUAAAGACAUUAUGGCGUACUGCAGCGCCCACUACUGGUCAGAGUGAACCACAUGAAAUUAAAAUAUAAUUUUACCUUUUUAAA